AUGCCUAGCCCCAAAUUGACCAUGAGGCUUGUUAUUGACACUAAGAAUGACAAAGUUCUCUUUGCUGAAACAUCAAAACCCGUUGUAGAUUUUCUUUUCUACUUACUAACCUUGCCUUUAGGCACUGUGGUAAAGCUCAUUAGAAACAAGGGCACGGUUGGUAAUGGUAGCAUAGAAAAUGUGUAUCAAAGUGUCCAAGACCUCGAUGAGAUAUACAUGCAUCCACAACAAUCUAAGGAUCAUCUCUUAAAUCCAAUGGCUUCAAUCUCUUCAAAUGAAUUUUGUAACCUUUUUCCAACACCGGACGACAAUUCAUCAGGAAUCUCCGACUUUCUUCUCGUGAACGAGUUGGAUCCGGAGGAUUAUGAGGAAGAGGAUGAGUUGGCACGACAUACUCUAUUUUAUGCAUGCCCAAAUUUUUGUAGCAUAGAUGUAACAAGUGAUAAGACAACUAUUUGCUCUCGGUGCAAUAUAGCUAUGAACCAUGAAACAACUAGUGAACUUGUCACUAACGAUGUUGCUGAAGAGAAUACUUCUUCGAUUCUUAAUGGAUUUGUGAAAAAUAAUGCAACUUUCUUGGUGAUGGAUGAUUUAGUUAUUCAACCUGUUACUUCAGUAAUUGACGUAGUUAAUAAGUUCAAUUUAUCAAAGAUUAGUUCCUUGCAAGACAUGGUGGUUGAAUUAGGGCUGGAUGAGGGUAUCAAAUUGCUCAAGGCUUCGCUACAAUCAAAGAAGGUGUUGACAAGUGUUUUCCUCAAGAAGGAAUGUUGA